AUGGCGCCCUUUAGGAGCAUCUACCAGCAGGACUCGAAAAAGCAGCUGGCGGUUGGUGUCGCCCUGCUCGUCCUGGCCGCUUUUUACUCGUUUGUUUUCCUGUUGACUCUGGCGCCUGUGUAUGGAUCAGCUCCAUCGCAUAUCUUCCACAACUACGGCGUCGCUAUUGCAGGUGCGGCAGGCUGGUUCGCAAAGGACCACAUCCAUCGGCUGUCUGAUCGCCGGGCUGUCUAUCUGAUCCCGGUGCUGGCCUCGUGGCUACCCAUCCUCCAGUACUUCCUGGCGCAGCAGAGCUCAUCGCUUGGGAACCCAGCUGGCCCGGUCAUUACGGAGCUCUUUGCUCUCUACCCACUGGUUCUGCUCUGCGUUGCUUGCGCCGGCAAACUGGUCCAAUCCGGCCUAGAUCUCAGCCGGCAUGGCGACCUGGUCGCUGAGCAUAUUCCCCUGCUUGGAUCUUACAUCGUCUACUCUGCAGGCGAGCACUUGAUCAAAGCGUUUCUCUCCAAGUUCAUUGGGUCGACCGUGUUUCUCAGUCGUGCGGGCCUUCAGAUCCUGAUUGCCAUCUUCUAUGCUGUAGCCGUGCCAUCCAAGCUUCUGCUGCUGGUUAUCCCAUCUCUGCUCUUCUCGGGGACCUCCAAUGUGCAUCUCACAUUCGGAUACUCCACUAGAGCGCUCAACUCGGUCAUCAGCGAGGAAGGCUUUGCGCUUGUAGCCCGCCAGGACUCGACAACUGGGUACAUUUCCGUUCUCGACAACCUCGUUGACGGUUUCCGUGUGAUGCGUUGUGACCACAGUCUCCUGGGCGGCCAGUGGAUCAAGGCACGCCCCAACUACACUCCUCCCACGGUAAAAGACCCCAUCUACGCGGUCUUUGCCAUGCUUGAGGCUGUUCGUCUCGUCGAGACGGUCCACGGCGGACCUCGUGUAGACACGGACAGUAAGGCCCUCGUCAUCGGCCUCGGAAUUGGCACCACGCCCGGUGCCCUCAUCAGCCACGGCAUCGACACCACCAUCGUCGAAAUCGACCCGGUGGUGCACAAGUUCGCCAGCCAGCACUUCGGCCUCCCAUCCAACCACACCGCCGUCAUCGAAGACGCGCGCACCUUCGUUAACCACGCCCAGACCCAGGGCUCUGUGCAGUACGACUACAUCGUCCACGACGUCUUCACCGGCGGCGCCGAGCCAGUCGAACUCUUCACAUACGAGUUUAUUAGCGGCCUCAGCGCCCUUCUUAAGGACGACGGCGUCAUUGCCAUUAACUAUGCCGGCGACCUGACCCUCUACCCCGCCUCGCUGGCCGUCCGAACCAUAAAAUCCAUCUUUCCAACCUGCCGCCUCUACCGCGAAGAAGCGACAUCCGAGGUCGGUCCCGAUUUCACCAACAUGGUAAUCUUCUGCACGAAAUCUUCCUCGCAGGCUAUUACAUUCCGCGACGCCGUGCCCGCCGAUUUCCUGGGCAGCCGCUUCCGCUCGCGGUACCUGGUUCCGAAGCAUGAGAUUGAUGCGGCACGGUUUGCGGCUGUUGAGCAGGGCGGCAGGGCAAUCUUGUAUGAUAAGGAGGUUAAUCGGUUGCAUAAGUAUCAGGAUCGCGGGGCGUUGGAGCAUUGGGGGAUUAUGAGGACUGUUCUUCCUGAUGCGGUUUGGGAGGCGUGGUAG